AUGAGGUUUUCACACUUCUUGAAGUACAACGCUGUUCCAGAAUGGCAGAACCAUUAUAUGGACUACAGCGACCUGAAAAAUCUUAUCUACACGCUACAGACAGAUGAGCUUCAGGCCGGUGAUAAUGAAGAGGCAUCUGGCGCAGGGAAGAGCUCUACCCUCACAGGCAGGUUCAAGAACAAGUUUUCGUUCAAAAAUGCAAAGGAAGAUGCGUCCUCCGGUGCAAACAAGGAUGCGGGCAUCGUUGAGGAAACCAUCGAGUUGCGGGAACUGCCCAGUGUCCAAACAACUGCUGCGAAGCCUUCGCCCUUUAGGAGAAUGAAGGAGAGAAUAUUUUACAAAAGAAGGUCCUCUUCCGCGUCGUCUAUCUCUUCUACGACCCACGAAAAUCACCCGCAGUUCAACGCCCACGACAGCUUCGUUAGCGAUUUGACGGCGGAAAAACUGAAGGUAGAUGACUUCUAUAAGAGGACAGAAGCGAAGUUCUACAUCAAAUUCGAUGCCUUGGUUAAGGAUUUGAAGAAAAUCGGCGUGAUAGAAUACGACAUCGACGAUGACACUCUUUUCAACGAACCGCUCGCCAACGCCAAUGACGAAGUUCCUCCCCUGGACCUGGAUGACGAUGAAGAUGACGAUGAGUUCUACGACGACCAAUCGAACAUCGAGGACAACACGGCAUUGCUGCACCACUCGCAAUACAAUAUCAAGUCUCAGAAAAAAUCGCUGUUGAAAAAGUCGAUCGUGAACCUCUACAUCGAUCUUUGCCAAUUGAAGUCCUUCAUCGAGCUGAACCGCAUUGGGUUUGCCAAGAUCACCAAGAAAUCGGACAAAGUGCUGCAUCUGAACACAAGAGUGGAACUGAUCGAAUCGGAACAGUUUUUCAAAGACACUUACGUGUUCCAGGCAGAGACUGUUGCAGCAUUAAACUCCAAGAUAUCCCAGCUAGUGACUUUCUAUGCGCGCAUCACUGACCAAUCCCAUAAUAUCGCGCACAGCAAGCAAGAAUUGAAGUCCUAUUUGCACGAUCACAUUGUCUGGGAAAGAAGUAACACUUGGAAGGACAUGUUGGGGCUGCUAUCUCAAGCGGACGAGUUGACGCCAAAGGAAACAGAGUACAACGCAAGUAAAUUGGUGGGCAAGCUGGAUUUGGAAUAUUAUAGGCGGCCACUCCCCAAACCGAUAAACUUGAGAUUCACUACCAUAAACAACUUUGCGAUACCAAAACUAUUCUUCGGCAAGAAAGCGUACAAGAUAUACUUCAUCAUCCUGGUGACGGGACUCCUCUUGGGUAUAAAGACUUUCAAUGACGCUGCUCAACACCGUUGCAUGGCCCUUGUAGAGUGUGUCGCCUUUCUGUGGGCUAGUGAAGCCAUCCCAUUGCACAUCACUGCACUUCUUGUUCCCCUCCUAGUGGUUCUUUUCAAAGUCCUGAAAACUUCCGACGGCGCUAUAAUGGGUGCUGCAAACGCAUCAUCGGAAAUUCUGGCCGCCAUGUGGUCUUCUACGAUCAUGAUUCUGCUGGCGGGUUUUACCCUGGGUGAAGUUCUUGCACAAUACAAUAUCGCCAAAGUUCUUGCCUCGUGGUUGUUGGCGUUUGCGGGUUGCAAACCUAGAAACGUUCUUUUGAUGGCAAUGUGCGUUGUAUUCUUUCUAUCAAUGUGGAUCUCCAACGUCGCGGCACCGGUUCUUACAUACUCGCUGUUAUCGCCCCUCUUGGAUACUAUGGAUGCGGAUAGCCCAUUCGCUCAAGCAUUGGUACUAGGGGUAGCACUGGCUGCAAAUAUUGGCGGUAUGUCUUCACCUAUUUCAUCACCACAAAACAUCAUUUCCAUGUCAUAUUUGAAAACUUACGGUAUUGGUUGGGGUCAGUUCUUCGCUGUUGCGCUGCCAUCUGGUAUCCUAGCCAUGCUUUUGGUUUGGGUUUUGCUGUUUACCACUUUCAAAAUGAAUAGAACCAAGUUGGAAAAGUUUAGGCCUAUAAAGACAAAGUUUACCAUUAAGCAGUACUAUAUUAUUAUUGUUACUGUGGCGACCAUCUUGCUAUGGUGUUUGGAAACCCAAAUUGAAGACGCCUUUGGAUCAUCUGGUCAAAUUGCCAUCAUCCCGAUCGUUUUAUUUUUUGGUACUGGACUGCUAUCAACACAAGAUUUGAAUGCGUUCCCAUGGUCAAUUGUCAUUUUGGCAAUGGGAGGCAUCGCCUUGGGGAAAGCCGUUUCAUCAUCGGGUUUGCUAUCAACUAUUGCGAGAGCAUUACAGAAGAAAAUUCAGAAUGAUGGUGUUUUUGCCAUUUUAUGUAUUUUCGGUAUCUUGAUGUUGGUCGUGGGUACUUUCGUUUCACACACAGUAUCUGCUAUCAUCAUCAUUCCCCUGGUACAGGAAGUUGGUGAUAAGCUCACCAAUCCCAAAGCAGCCCCUAUCCUUGUUUUUGGCUGUGCGCUAUUGUCAUCUUGUGGUAUGGGAUUGGCGUCUUCGGGGUUCCCCAAUGUUACUGCCAUUUCUAAAGUGGAUAGGAAGGGUGAUCGAUACUUAAGUGUCAUGACUUUCUUGACAAGGGGUGUCCCGGCCUCCAUUUUGGCCUUCCUAUGUGUUAUUACACUUGGAUAUGGUAUCAUGGCAUCUGUCGUCAAGGGUAAUGCUACCUCGGCAUAG